UAUAAAUUCAAUUUCAUGUUUUUUUUUUAACAAUCCCUUUAUAUAUCAUACAUAUUUUUUGUUCGGACGUAUCGUAUUGUUCGAAUGUUUCUUUUGCCAUCGCCUCGGCGAAACGUUUCGGUAGAAGUACCUUCGUUGGAACGUUUUCGCUGUACGGCCUCGAUAUGCCUAGAAGGGUUAUAUGAGCUACUGCGAAAUCGCCAAAUUUCCUCUUCACGAUUUCGAAUUUAUUCCUCGGCGAAGCAAAAAUUGUUCAGAAAAAGUAAACAAGUUUGGGACACAUUAUGAUAUCAACAGUCGUGCUUAUUAAAGAGUUUUGUUAUGAACUUAUUACAAAAACCCAUUCGAGCUAAUCGUCUAUCAGUGCGAACAUCUAAGGAUAGAACCGAACAUUUUGAUAAAGUAAGUAAUUAACGUAUUUAUGAAUGCUUAUUACGAAUUAUAUAUUUUAACGAUCCUAGAUGUUCCUAUUUAUAUGUUAUCAUUAUAGAAUGGAUUUUUCAUCAAUUCCGUGCACUUCGGUAGAUGGGGCACUGAUCGAGUUUCUACUCUCGAAUGACGAGAUAAUUUUUCCGGGCAGUUUGAGUGAAUUUAAUUCCAUCCCUCAAAUUACGCUUAUCGAUGAAGAGAUCCCUACGGAAGAGACAAAAAAAUGCGCUAGAUCACCGGAGAAAAUAACAACUCCAAAAGAAGAACACAUUAUAAACGAAAAUGUUUUGGAAAAUUUGCACCAAUUCUCGUACGAUAGUAAUUUUGAAGAAGCUAAUAAAUUUGAUGCAGAAUUUGAACAAACACAUAAAGGUAAAGGGAAAGGAAAAUCUAUACGGAAAAGAUACGCCGAUCUCAAGAAAAAAAACGCUAAAAAUAGCGUUAAGAAAAGUUUAGAAAGAAAAAUUAAAAACACAAGGCUGAGGCUAUCAACCGCCUUAUUAAAACGAAACUGAAUAAAUUGAAAUGUGUUGAACAUAAAUGUUCGUGUCCACAGUUCGUAGCAUGGAUUCGAACUCUAUUUCAGGAUUAAAUUUGUUUUGUUAUAGUUAAUCUGGAUGAUUGAUGUUUACAAUGUAAAGGAUAUUCUUUUAUUUUUAA